GUGGUUUAAUAAAAAGCUUAUUAUAUAUUUAGAUGAACCAACAUAUUUCUCUAAGGAUUCUAAGAAUCAUUCUAGUGAUGACACGUGGCUACAAAAAAAUGUUGCAAUGCUUCUCAAAUAAUAUAUAGGGGAUAUAUAUAUAUUUGUUGUUAAUAACCAGCUUGCAAAAUUAUCCCUUCAAAUCAGCUUCACAUGUAAAAUGGUAUAACAAUAAACCAUUGUGCUUCUUUUAUUUUCUUUGGAUUAAGGAUUCGGUUUUGUCUAAUAACCAGUUUUUUGGCUACGGUCGUAACGUUUUAUCGAUUAACACCACCAUAUUUUUCCUCUCGGGACAUUAAAGAUAAUUUUUUUAGAGUUCCAAAAAAAGGAGUAGUAACUAAGAUCGUUGUUCAAUUUUAACAAAAUUAUUUAUUUUGGUAAAAUACAAUCUAAUAAUCUUUUUGUUUUGUUAUUUUGAACAGUGUGCUCGCCAAGAAGACAUCAACCUUAAUACUAAAACCAAAAAAACAAGAAGACUUCAACUGAUUAUUUUAAAAAUAUAAAAUAGUUUGAGACGCCCCUCCGUACACUUUCCUUAAACUCUUUCCUUUUGAACCCCAGGCUAAAGUGUUCGAUACGCCCCUCCGUACACUGUUACAUACCCGUUUUCGAUUUUGUAGCACUUAUAUUAUCCUUGGUUACCUUCUUAUCUUUCCUUUUUUCCCCAAAAAUUUAUAUUCUCAUAUUUUAUUUUGGCUAUUUGUAAAGACUUUGCUCCAAUAUUUUCUUUAAUGUCUCCUAAGACCAAAAAGAUGGUUAUUUGUUUUUCUAGUUCAAUUCUUGCAACUGAAAUUAAAUCAUUUUCACUUUCUGUUCAAAAUUUAUAUAUGAUAACAUUUAAAUGUAUAGUUCAUACACAGAGGUGUGCCUGCAGUAUAUUGAAAAAGACAUUCGCUUUAGGCCUCGAUUAAUAUGAGCUUUUUUAAGGCCCCAAAAUUUAAAAUAAUUUAUAAUCUAAUGGUUUAGAUUUAUUUUUUAAAAACCAUUUUCACAUAGUAGACUAACUAACCUUCUGAAUUCAUGUAUUUUUUCCUAUAUGACAUAAUAUAGCAUAAACUUAUUUUUUUUAUUAGAUUUGUGUAUUUGGUAAAAGCGAUAUAUCAUAUUGCAAAAUUGUUUUCAUGAUAAUUGUAAUAAGUUUAUUUUUAAAAUUUGCCUACUCUUCGCAUGGCACUGUUCAUACACACGGUAAUAUACCUUUUCAUACAUUUAUAUUGAGGCAAGUUUCCUACUGAAGUUUUGAGAAUAAUAUGUUAAAUACUGUAUCUAAUUAUAUUCUUUAGCGGUAUUAUACUUUUCAAACACAAACUUGAUCAAAACUAAUGUGAAACUAUGGUCCGGGAAAAAUAUUUAUUAAGACCAUCAAUAAAGGAUAUGUAUAAUUAUCCAUGCAUAUAUCGGACAUGAGUGUUAAUAUCAAACCAAUUUGUUUUUUUUUUAACAAUCUGUUACAUAUAAAGGAAAAUUAAUAUAAUAAUAGAAAACUAAUAUAAUAAAAGUCUUUGGUUAUUUCUUUACGCAAUGAGAUUUUCUUUAGAAAGGGCACUAUAUGAUAAUAAAAAUUAUAGAUCUGCUAUUUACACUUUUCAGUGGAUGUGAAUUCUCCACAUUUUAAAUGUUUAAAACUCAGUUUGAAACUUGGUUACAUAUAUUCUCAGUGGACGGAGAAGUAAAACACACAUAUAUCCAUCUCGCCAAUUGGAUUUGGAAUAUAAAUUGGCGCAACUGACUCACUGGAAGAGUGAAGAAGCGAGAAUGUUUCAAGUGUCACGAUCUAUUUAAAAAAGAAAAAAAAAAGACAUUUCGGACCAGAAUCUAAGACCAGUCGGCCAAACUGUGGUUUUUAUUAACAUGCGACACUUACGCUUAAAAAUAGAGUAACAAUCUAUUCGUGGAUAGUGAAGCUCGUCAUAUACGUUCACAUGAGGUCUAAUUUUUGAGUUAAUUAGGACAUAAUGUAUAUGGGAAACUAUUUAUAGUGCAAAAAGAGAGUGUAAAAAGAGGGAAUUAGCUGUUCCCAUGUGAGUUCACUGAGUUGUACAGAAGAGAUUGUUGUUCCCGGAACGUCCGACGGAUGCAGAUAAUAUGGGGAAAGUAACUAACUCUCUUUCGGCUUGGAUUCUUCGAUGGAGGAUUUCGGUCACUCAUCUUUCUUGGUGUUUAAGGAGAAAGAAACUCUCUUUGAAAAGAGACUCUCACGCGCUAAAUUUUGAUCUAGCUAUCUCUGCUACCAUAUAAUCUUAGGAUCGAUUGAUUUAUUGCGUGACCAUAAGGUCUACAUUAUUAUACCGGGUUGUUUCUCCUUAAAGAGCUCUGGAGGACUAGCCUUGAAAUUUAACAGCUCGUCUCUACAAGUAGACGCCGUUGCAAGCGUAGAGCCAAUGUUAAUGUUAAAGGUGUGGCUGCCAAAGUUGGACAACUUAUGAGGAUUUAUUUAGGUCGACAGUCGACUGACUUGUUCUUUUUUCGUGAAACGAAUUAAAUCUUUGCUAAAUAUUCACAUUCACGGAUUUUGUUUUAUUUUCUUUCCUUUGUUGCCGUAGUACUAGUUGCUAAAUAGGUAAUGUGCCAUAAUUAAAUAAUUCUGCUAGCAAAAUUUGCAAAUUUACAUUUAUUUUAAAGGAAGUAAAACAACACAAAUAUGGAAAGUAUCACACCAAAUUCUGCUAUCGAACGUUGACUUUAAAAAGACCCGGUCCAAAUCGUAAUAUUCGACCCGGUUCAAUGUUCAAACCACCGGUUUGGGUCGGUCUAGAAUUUAAUUAAAAUCAGUCAAAAUCUUUUGGUGAAUUCGUUGACGUGAGAUUUUGACCGUCGGAGGUUGGCAGCACUCCGAGUCCGAUUCGUCGUCUCAGGGCUGGCGACUAUAUGAAUUUCCGGUGUGAACGUGAGUUCUCUCUCUAUAUGGAGCUCAUGUGUUGAACUAAGUAUUUUAUUUAAUCUUGGAAAUUUACAUGAAUAUGACCCGGUUCAACGAUAUUUGUCCGGAGUUGCGAACCGGUUCUACAAUCUCUAAUUUACGGUUACGCGUUUGUAGCUGGCUUCAACAUUCAAUAGGCCCCAGUUGGAAUGAAAAUGAGUUUAAGAAAGAAGAGAUAGUUCGCUAAUAUAGGUUGGAUUUAGGGGUAUGUACGCGAAUUUUCUUGUUGAUUUGAUUUACUUCUGUGAUGGUGACUUCUUAUACUGAUAACUGAUAAGCAAAAUGUUAUUUAGUAUUGAGUUAUUAACAUAAAUAGACACUUUCUAUCUUUUUAUUACACAAUCAGACACAUUCAACUACUGAGGUAGUUUGUGGAAGUAAAAUGACAGCACUAACCCCUAACGACAUUCACCUUUUGUGGUGUGUGAAAAAAGAUUUAAUUAGUUUAAAAUAUUUCAAAGGCACAAUAUCUUUUUCUUUCUUUUAUUUACAGCCAUACCUUUUUUAUUAAUAAAAUUGUUUUUUUUUCUUUUUCAUCACCUUCUUCCUCUCUCUCUCUGUGUCGAUAAAAUGGUUUUGAUGGUGGGGUUUUUCUGCAAAGUCUUGAUUCGUUGACUCUAACUUAUUCUUCUCCACCUCUACCUUCAACCUCCACAAGAAUAACCACAAGAGAAAGAUCAUAAAAACGAGUUGUAACCAUAAGUACAAAUGAAGGCAAAGGAAAAGUGGCUAAGAAAUCCGAUGUAUCUCCACCUCCUGCUCAAUCUCCGUCUCAGCCACAGUUGAAGCUAGAUGAUGUAAAUCCGGAGAGAUUGGAACUAAGUUGACGGCAGCUUGGCGAGGUAAGAUUAUCCAUGUGUACGCCUCCUAUAAGUUGUCCAUGUGUACGCCUUGUGUAAAUUGUCCAUGUGGACGUCUCAGUUGUCCAUAUGAACGAUAUUUGGUGGGAAUGCCUUGCUACUAAGUAAUAUUCUUAUGGUUUUUUUUAUUAUGAAAGCCAUGUAUAAAAAAUAUCAAAUGUUGUAUUGCCCAUACAUAUAAUCUUGAACACUUGAUUGGUAUUUUGACUGAGGUGAGCUUAAGAAAUCAGAAUCAGUUGUAAGCACUCCACUCUAUAAACGAUUCCCAUACAUCACUCACAUACUUUACAAAUUUUUCUCAUCUGUUAACUCACAUACUUUGCAAACUCCAACCUUUUUUUCAUCAGAACCUCUCACAUUUCAAAUACAUAUGAGCAUAUGGCCAUCAUUACCAAAACCUUCUGAAAACCAAACCUUUUGCGUUAUUUUUGUUAUUUCCAGUUUUCUUUGGUUUUCUUUAGUCUCAGCACUCUGUCGUGUAUGUCUUUGCUGUUAAUUUUGUCUACGUCUCCGUUGUUGUCUAUGGUCGAUGUCGCAUGUCUCCACUGUGGUAUGUCUUCGCCAUCAUCUACAUCUCUACAGUCAUUGAUACAGCUUCUGUCAAUGUCACCGCGCUUUCAUCUACAUAUUCACCGUGCUUUGCCCUCAUCUACGUCUACACCGUCAUCUACGAUAUAGCUGCUGUCUUCAUCACUGAGCUUUGCCAUCAUCUACGUCUUCACCGUCAUCUAUGUUUUUGUUGUCAUCGAUCCAAUAGCUUGAUGUAUCUUAAAUUAUAGAUUAAACAACAUAGAUAAAUGAUUUAAGAUAAGCUCUCUGGACAAAUGAUUUUGGAGAAAAAGAUUUUGAUUUAGAAAAAAAAUAGAGUUUUGAAGAAAGAAGAUGAAGAAGAAAGAUAAUGAAGAAGAAAGAUAAAAUUGUAUUUCCCAAUCUACCAACGUGUUUUGACUUUUUUAGUUAGGAUAGAACUAAAUUGAAUAAACAGUAAAUAAAUAAAGGAAGAGAAAGGAUAUGUUGGAAAUUUGUAUGCUCAAUAUGUAUCGAUCAGUGUGAAAAACUACCUCAGGAGUUAAAAGUGUCUGAUAGUGUAAUAAAAAGAUUCACUGUAAUUGUUUCUUUAGUAUUUUUUUGUGACCGACAUGUAAUCAAAAAGUUCACCAAGUGGAAACGAAAGACAUUCCUACACGUAAACUACUUGUAAUGUUUGAAAAUUCGGUAUUUUCUUCACAACAUAUAUGCACAGAUGGAUGCAUAUAGACAAUGUGCUCGUUAUGCCGACGUUGAGUUAGUAUGAAUCAUUGUUCUUAUGUAACAUACGGCUAUAAGCUUCCUGAUAUUGUUGAUAUGAUGAGUGAAGAAGAUUCAGAGACCUACAUAAGGUCAAAUACAAGGCUCAUAUUAGCAAAAUCUAAUACAAAAACCAAAUAAAAUUGAAUCCGUAAACAUGAGGACAGUGUAGUAGCGUGACAUGGAAGUAAUGCCACCGAAUAUAAGGGUUUAGUCAGGCGCUUUGUAUUAAAAGAAUAAGCAGCUUCCGUAACCGAGCGUGUUUGCUAUAUAGUGGUUAGGAUUGUUUUAUACUCACGAUAAGAUAUUGACCAAAUUGUUUUUAUCUUAUUUUGUAAUUUGUUUUGAUAAACUUUACAUUAAAUCUUUAAAUAUAUGAACGUAAUAUCUAGAUUAUCGACAGCUCGGUUUCAUGUAUUAUUUCUUCGGUAUCAAUAAUUAGGUUACUAAUUCUUAUACUAGCGUACAGUUGGGAUUUUAUAUUUUCUUUCAUUUUAUAUCAAAAGAUUUUUUUACUAAUUGAAUAAAAUAUUUACUGGCCCCACCAAGAUAUUAUAUUAAUUUCUCUAUAGAUAAUGUUUUAAAUCUAGUGAUUUCAUAUCCAACAUUUUUAAUGUGUUAAAAUAUUUGCUGAUUUAUUAAUCUAAUUUUUUUCAAUUGAUUUAAGUAACACUAAUUAAUAUUAAGAAUAAACUAGGAGCGUGAAUAGGCAAUAAAAUGUCUCAUAAAUCCGGAGGCUUUUUCAUGUUUUUUGUCAAAGAAGUAAAAAAAAAGACGAGUUUCCUUGUACGAUAUGGUUUGUGAUUUUUUAUGAAUAUAAAUACAAAAAGUUUGAUUAACAACCAAAAAUAACCAUUAAAAAUUAACGUGGUUUUGAUUUUCAUCUCUUUGAUAAAGUCGCCUGCCUUGGCAGCCCAGUGUUUCUUCUUCUUCUUCUUUCGAGCUUUUUCUGAAAAUUCUCCCUAUUUUUUCUUGUUCAACACAAAGCCUCAAGAGCUUCCCAGGCAGGAGGAUCCUAUCAAAAGUAAGGACCUUUAAGGUAAAGAUCGAAGCUUUUUUGCUGUGUUUCUGGUCUUAGGAACUCACUGAUAUUCGAAUAGUCGAAAACUUGGUAUAACCAUCCAAAGAAUGGGUUGCUGCUGCUGUUGUUUCCCGAUUCUACCCGAAAGCUCAAGAACUAUAGAUGAGCAUGUUCCUCUAUCUCGUGCCCCUCCUUCCUCUGUUGUACCUACAGGAGAAGUAGAUAGAAAUUUGGCCUCUAAUCUAUACACUUCUCUUCAGCCGCCUCUUCCUGUAUCAGUUGCGCCUAGAAAUCUUCAAACUCCAUCGAAACUCCCAACAACUCAGACCAACUCGAGCGAAGGGUCUCGUGUAAUCACAACAAACAGUGUUCCGGAAAAGGUUUCAGAAAAGGAAACAUGGCGUGCUGAUGAUUUUACUGAUAUUGAUCUAAAGAAAAAGAAUAGAGAAACCAUCGACGAGUGUCCAAUUUGCUUAGAAGAAUAUGAUUUUGACAACCCGAAGUUGCUCACUAAAUGUGGCCACGAUUUUCAUCUCGCGUGCAUCCUUGAAUGGAUGGAAAGAAGCGAGGCUUGUCCAGUCUGUGACAAGGAAUUGGUACUCACUGAGUCAUAAUCAAGACAAAGAAAGGUACAGAAGAUUUGAUUAGGUGGCAUUAGGUGAUAGUGUGGUGGUAUAUGGUGAAACAUUGUUUGCUCUAUUUCAUUCAUCAUUUAUGAAGUUUCCUUUUGAUUGUUUUUUUUAUCUUCUUACCAAUCUUUGGAUUAUUCACAUCAGACAAAAGAUACAGAAGAAGACAUUAGCAUGUAGACAGAAAUUACAUUUUGAUUGUUUAAUAUACUUUGAAAAAUUCUUGAUU